AUAAGGAUGAAAACAACCAGUCCCCCGUUGUCUCUUUCACAAAGACUUGAAUUGUUGUUGCUGCAUGCAGUCAUGAUCUUACUGGAAGCUCUUGUUAUAAUUAUAGCCUGCUAAGUAAAAUCACUAUACUAGGGCAUCCUGAGCCCUAAAAUAGGGAAGGAAAUGUUAGUCAUUACAUUUAGUCAUUUAGCAGACACAACUUACAUUAAGUACAGGGACAUACCCCGAAACACUGUUAGAAAAUAUUGCUAAUAUUACACAAUUUCUGUGAAAUUGCAUGUGAGGUGUGUUUUCAACUGUAUGCUAAUUGACAAAUCCCUUUACUGUUUGCCUUCUAUUGCAACGUGCCAAACGGUGCUGCAGUUCCAUCUGGUUCUGAGCGAUGCCGUUGCCACCCUAGUGAUGAUUGCUCUGCUGAUCAUUCACUCCUACGGCAGUAUCCUGUUCCUCACGUUCAUCAGUGUUCAUCGAUAUGUAGCGGUGGUCCAUGACAAGAGAAGUUCAUGCAUGAAACCAAAGGGAUUUGUUCAGAAGUUUGGCUGUUACUUCUGGCUAAAGGGGUGGCUUGUUUUUUUCUUUGGAACACAAGCAAAAGUGGGGAACCGCACGCAUUGUCUCAGCAUCCAUCAACAGACAAGACAUGCAUGCACAAAGAGCUUCACACAUUCUGUUUGACUGAGACCACCAGUCAUUACAUCUUGCGUGGACCCCCUUAGACAUCUGUAGAAGAUGAAUAGCUCAUUGGCAUUGAACACAAGUCUAGCCAAUAGCAGUGGCUCCGUGUCCUGCGAUGCCGAGCCCCAGCACGUCUCCAUCACUGUGUUCAUCUCCCUGGUCUUCCUGGUCGGCUUCUUCCUCAACAGCUUCAGUCUGUGGGUCUUCUAUUGCAACGUGCCAAACUGGAGUUCUGGGACGGUGCUGCAGUUCCAUCUGGCUCUGAGCGAUGCCAUUGGCUCCCCGGCGACAUUUAUUAUGGCGGUGAACUUCGCCUUGGGCCACUGGCCAUUCGGAAAGUUUCUGUGUCAAAUCAAGAUUGCUCUACUCAGCACGCACUUCUAUGGCAGCACCAUGUUCCUCACUCUCAUCAGUGUGCAUCGGUAUGUAGCAGUUGUCUAUUACAACAAAAGUUCAUAUAUGAAACAGAAGGGAUUUGUCUCAAAGUUGUGUGGUGGAGUGUGGGUCAUGCUUCUAUUCAAAUCUGUUGUUUAUGCAGUGUGCCUUCCCCCUACUAAGGAAGGCAAUACAACUCAAUGUCACAGCAUUCAUCAGAAAAAUCUUACCAAUAUUCACUUUACCCUCAACUUCCUGCUGUUUACAUUUGGGUUCAUUUUGCCUUUUUCUGUUUCUGCAGUCUGCUAUAGCCGACUGGCAAGUGUAGUGUCUAGCAUCAAUGUCAACACAGGCAAAGGUCUUGCUGUUAAGACCAAGUCUCUAAGGAUGAUUGGAAUUUGUCUAGUCAUAUUUGGACUCUGCUUCCUUCCACUUAACAUUGCAAGGACAGCAGCGGUAGUGAUCAAAAAGUACUACUCUACAGAGUGUCGUACGCUCCUGCGUGUGGAAACUGGGUAUUAUGUGUGUGUAAUCCUUGCAGGUGUUAAUUGUUGCCUGGACCCCCUAUUGUAUAUUUUUGGUUCGCAGAGUUUCGCUAAGGCUUUCAAGAAUUCUUUAAAGAUCAGGUCUAAGCAUAAAGGUGAAGCCAAAAGGGAGUUCGAUGGACUAGGCCUAAGUGGGACAGAUGCUUUUUGAAUUCAGUAUUAUUUACCUUGUGUGCUAAAAAGAGAUGAGACUGAAGAUGUCAAUAUUGUGGUUGGUGUUCACCUUUUUUUUAUGUCUUUCUGUUGUCAUCUGUCUAACAUAAUUGUUCCUUGUUAAAAAAGUAUUAAGACAUUUAUUUUUUGUAGGAACCUUGAGAUAACUGUAAAACGGAGUAGCCACUAACCAUGUUACAAACAUGAACUUGUAUUAGUAAAGGAAUAUUAAUUUA